AUGAUUACGACUAAUCGACUAAAAUUUAUUAGCGCUAUUUGUUUAGUUGAAUUGCAGUUACCACAACGAAAAUGGUCAUAUACAGAAUUUGAACAACAUUCAUCUAAGAAAAAAUUUUUUUCUUUUGAAUUAAUUAGUUUCAAUGUUCUUUCACAAGAUUUAUUAGAAUUAAAUCCUUAUUUAUAUACUGAUUGUAUGCCUAAAUAUCUUGAUUGGGAUUAUCGAAAAAAAGUUAUCAUGAAACAGAUUAUUGGUCGUGAUGCAGAUAUAGUGUGUUUACAAGAAGCUCAAGAAGACCAUUAUGAAAAUUACUUUUGUCCAAAAUUGAAAAAACAUGGUUACGAAUCAUUAUUUAUAAAGCGAUCGGGUGAAAAAACGGAUGGCUGUGCUUUGUUUUAUAAAACUCAUCGAUUGUUACUUGUUGAUUACAAAUCUGUGCCAUUUCAUCAUCCAAACAUCGAGCUAUUAGACAGAGACAAUGUUGGUCUUAUAGCAUUAUUUAAACCAAAAAUGGCUCAUGCUUCCUCUGAUGAUCUUUUAUGUGUUGCUUGUACACAUUUACUGUUUUCACCUAAACGUGGAGACAUUAAAUUAGCUCAAUUACAAUAUUUUCUUGCUGAAAUUGAUCGUCUAUCAGUAAAAGACAAUAAUAUCGAUGAUGAAUCAUCAUAUUAUCCAAUUAUAUUAUGUGGUGAUUUUAAUAGUCAACCAUAUUCACCAUUAUAUCAAUUUUUAGUCGACGGUUAUAUUAAAUACGAUCGAUAUAGACGAAUAGAAAUAUCUGGUCAGACUUCAUCAAAUAAUUAUUCACUCUAUUUACCAUCAAAGGAACUGAUACCAUCAUGUUAUGUUCAAUCUGAUUGUCGAUUUCCUACUAGGACAAAAAUAACUGAAAUUAUUGAACAAAAAACAAUGAACAUCGUCGUAAAUGAGAAAGAUCUAGAGAUAAUUGAAGAAGACGUCGUAAAUGAGAAAGAUCUAGAAAUAAUUGAAGAAGACGUAGAUGAAAAAGAUCUAGAAAUAAUUGAAGAAGACAAGGAUGUUAUUUUCUACAAGGAAUAUUUAAAAGUAAACAAUGUCAAUAAUUCAUCAUCGAUAUUAACGCAUAAUAAAAAAUUUUAUUCUGUCUAUAAACAUUUUGAUAGUUCUAAUACACCUGAGGUAACAUCGCAUGCCGGUUAUGACAUUCAACAGGUUGAUUUCAUCUUCUAUACAACAGGUGGUAAUAGAAAGAAAACGACAGUUACAUCAACAAACGAACAACAAAAACCGGCAAGAGGUGAUCGAUUAAAUUUAGUUGGACGUUAUAAUUUAUAUUAUCAAAAUCAAUUAAACAGCAUUCUAUUGCCGAACUGGCAAGAAGCUUUACAAGGACAAUCAAUCAAACGUUUGAAUGAAAAAGGUGUUUGUGUAAAUAAAUUACGUUAUCAAUAUUCUUAUACGGGUUUAUACGGACGACAUAUUAUUGUAUUCGAUGGUGAAUAUUUAACAACACGUACCGAAACGUUUAGUCCCGGUGAUAUUGCCAGUAUUUAUCGUAAUGCAUCGGAAAUAAAUGAAAAAUCACCUAUUGCCAAUGGUGUUAUAUUUCGUGUAACUAAUAAUAGUAUUCAUAUUGCAUUAGAUGAAAAUGAUAAUGGAGAAUAUGAAAUAGAAAACGAAACGUGUCAAUUUAUGUUGAUUAAAAUUGCGAACGAUGUUACUUAUCGACGAUUGAAACGUAUACUUGAGAAAUUAUUAAAAGAUCGAAAUGGUCGAGCUCAAAAUUUACUUGAUAUCGCAUUUGAAAACAGUGAACCAAAUCAAAUCGAAUCACAAUCAAAUAGCAAGCAAAUUGAAUAUUUUAACCAAAAUUUGGAUGAAUCACAACGUGAAGCAAUCAAAUUUGCACUUCAACAACGUGACAUUGCCGUGAUUCAUGGACCACCGGGAACAGGAAAGACAACAACAGUUGUUGAAUACAUAUUUCAAGCAACAUUAAAAUAUAAUCUGAAGGUGUUAUGUUGUGCUCCAUCGAAUAUUGCUGUAGAUAAUUUAGUUGAACGAUUAAGUCAACGAAAACAAUUACGUCAAAUUCGUCUUGGACAUCCAGCUCGAAUGUUAGAAUCAAUCCAAAAAUUUUCACUUGAAUCGAUUGUUACCCAACAUCAUAACGAUGUUAAAAGUGCUCUACGAGAAGAUUUAGAUAAAUGUUUUAUGAAAGUACGCAAAUGUACUAAUCGAGGUGAACGUGAACAAUUGCGUCAUGAAAUUCGUUUAUUAAGAAAGGAUAUACGUGAAUAUGAAGAAAAAGCUAGUCGUGAUGCUUUGAAAUCAGUGAAUGUUGUAUUAUGUACCCUAACAUCAGCAAAUGAUGAUGGACCUUUAAAAUUAUUACCAUUGGAUUAUUUUGAUGUUGUUGUUAUUGAUGAAUGUUCACAGGCGCUGGAAAUUGCUUGUUGGAUUCCAUUGUUACGUGCCUCCAAAUGUGUAUUAGCCGGUGAUCACCUUCAAUUACCACCAACAAUUUUGAGUGAAAAAGCAGCCAAAGAUGGUCUCGAUAUUACAUUGAUGAAACGUUUGAUAGAUCAAUUCAAUGAUAAAAUUACACGAAUGUUGACCGUACAAUAUCGUAUGAAUGAAAAAAUAAUGAAUUGGUCUUCAAAUGAAUUUUAUCACGGAAAAUUGACAGCUCAUUCAUCAGUUCAACAUCAUUUGUUGAGUGAUUUACCGAAUAUUGUACGACAUGAAGAUGAAAAUGAUAAUAUUUCAAAAGUACCGUUGUUAUUGAUCGAUACAUCUGGUUGUGAUAUGAAUGAAUUACAAUUUGAAGAUGAAAUAUCGAGAGCGAAUGAAGGAGAAGCAUCGUUAGUUGCCCAUUAUGUAAAAAUACUUGUCGAACAAUAUGGUGUUGAACUAACUCAGCUUGGUAUAAUUAGUCCUUAUAAUUUGCAAGUAGAUUUAUUAAGAAAAAAGUUAUUGACGCAAUAUCCAGCCUUGGAAAUUCGUUCCGUAGAUGGAUUCCAAGGAAGAGAAAAGGAAAUUAUUAUCAUAUCGAUGGUUCGAUCAAACAAGCAAGGUAGGGGUUUAACACGAACAGUUUCACGUGAUCCGUUUAUAAAACGACUAAUUGAUUAUAUACAAAUAAAUGGAGAUGUUCGUUCUGCACACGAAUAUAUUCAUGAUGAAAAUUUUUCGGAUGAGUCUACGUUAACAAAAACCAUGCAAAAAGUAUCUUUAAAAUCUAAUCAAUCGAAAACAGCGUCCAAGUCGAAUAAGAUACGUCAACAACCAUCAUCACACAGUAAAUUUAAAGAAAAUAUGAAUAGUGUACAAAAUGAUCGGUUUGUAUUGAUUAUUUCGAAUGAUGACAAAACUGAACUGGAACAAGUACUUGAUCAGCGGCUUAUCACAUUUCUAAAUGAUAAUCAUGCUUAUGAAAUUGUAUUUGAAACAAGUUUAUCGAACUACGGAAGAAAGUAUGUUCAUUCGCUUGCUGAAAUGUAUAAUUUAAAUCAUCGAAGUGAAGGCAUUGAUGAAGAUCGUCAUAUUAUCGUAUCAAAAAAAAGUAUUGUUAAAGAAAAACAACAAUCAGAUGAUGGUACAUCGACUAAUGAUGAGGAAGAAAAAUCAUUUCGAACAUUUUCGUCGUUAGCUGAACAUGAACCGAAAAAAUCAAAACAAUCGAAAAAAAACAAAUUAAAAGAAGAACAUUCUGAAAUAGUGAUAAAUCCAGAUAUAUCUAUAGAAAAUGAAAAUAAAAGCGAAAAUAUUGAGUCAACUGUUAAUGUGUCCAAUGAAAAUAUUUGCCCAUAUUGUAAAAAAUCUAUACCAAUACAAAACUAUCAACUUCAUGAGUUGUAUUGUCAACGUAUUAAUCAGACGCCAUCGACAUUAUUUCAAAUAAAAGAUCAAGCGAACACUCAAAUUUCAUCAUCAGUUAAAGAAGAUAAAACCAUAAAUUCAAAUUCCGUAUCAUCAAAAAAACAAAAACAAUCACAUGUACCACCUAGUCGAUUAUUAACAAUAGAUAAAAGUGCCGAUUUUGAUACAAUAAUUGAAGCGGCUAGACAACAUGAUAAUAUUUGUAAUUAUCAAAAAUGUAAAAUAAAAAUAACAUUACUUGGUCAAUUAUGUUCCUAUUGUAAUCAUCGUUUUUGUUUUGAACAUUCGAUGCCCGAAGUACAUGGUUGUGGACAAACGGCACGAAAAGAUAUGCGUAGUGCACAUCUAAGUGCACAUUCAAAUCCAACGCCUGUAUAUUCUAAUAGUCAACCUAUUAAAAAAGAAAAACGACCAUAUUUAGAACGAAAAUUACAAAGUAAAAUAGCUGAAAAAGAAACAGAUCGAAAAAAAAAAUCGGACAAAUAA